AUGUCCUGCCACCGCCUGUCCAGUCGUGCUCUGCAGGAAUUUGUCAACACCUUUCGACUGACCAGGGACCUGACAGUGGGACCCUCAACUGCCAAGAUCUUCUUCACUGCCAGGAACUACCUAGCUGGAAAGAUUCCGGGUGGGAUGGUGUUUGCUGUAGACAAGUGGCCAGACUACACAGCCGUCAUGUGUGCAUCAGGGGAGGGAACGUAUAAGUUUAUGCAGGAUAUCGAGACCUACACGUUCUACUGGGAGAAUAAGGACGGUCUUCUUCAACUCCUCCGUGAGGACAAGCUGGUAGAUUGGGGCAAGAACUUCACCAUUGCAGCAUUUUCUGAGAAGGGCCUCCCAGUCCUGAACCAUGUUUGCCGUCAGAUGGGGAAGCCAGCGCCACAGCAGGAUAAUCUAGUUCAGGUUCACACCGCCUUCCAUCCCAACGUCUUGCCUGCAACUGACAGGUAG